AUGGCGCCCUCCGCCAUCGACGAGCCCGCCAUCGCGGCGCCCGUGGCCAAGACCUACUCGCCCGCAAAGAUCUUCCCCGUCAAGGAGAAUCGCUUCCAGGACUACAUCGAGCCCCAGAGCGACGGCCGCAAGCGGGCGCUGGAGCAGCCGGGCAGCGCGGCGGCCAUCGUCAUCGACUAUGGUUCUUCUUCCGUCAGGGCCGGAUGGUCUUUCGAGAAGAAGCCCAGGUUCAGCAUCCCCCCGAUCAUGGCGAAAUAUCGCGACCGAAAGAUCGGCAAGACUUUCUCCUUCGCCGGCUCCGACUGCUACGCCGACACGACAGCUCGAGGUCACAUUCGAAACGCCUUCGAGGCAGGUACCGGAAUCGUCAGCAACUGGGACGUGACGGAGCAUGUCCUGGAUUAUAUUUUCCUCAAGCUGGGAAUGAACGAAACUGAUCGCGGCAUUGACGUUCCCAUCGUCAUGACCGAGGCGGUGGCCAACCUCCCCUACUCGCGGAAGUCUAUGACGGAGAUUGUUUUCGAGUGCUAUGGCGCUCCUUCUCUGGCCUACGGCAUCGACUCCCUCUUCUCAUAUAGGCACAACAAGGGCAAGACUGGUCUCGUCGUCUCAUCCUCAUACACCUCGACCCACGUAAUUCCAGUCUACAACUCCAAGGCGAUGCUUGGUCAGGCGAUCAGACUGAACUGGGGCGGCUACCACAAUGCCGAGUACCUUCUCAAGCUGAUCCGCCUAAAAUACCCUGCAUUCACUGGCAAGAUGAACGUGUCCCAGGCGGAGCAUAUGCUCAAGGAUCACGGCUACGUUUCCAAGGACUACGACGAAGAGAUUCGAGACUACCUUGAUUGGACCGGGCUAGAGGACCGUGACAUUGUCAUCCAGUACCCGUUCACCGAGGAAGUGAUUGUUCAGAAGAGCGAGGAGGAGCUGGCCCGAGUAGCUGAGCGCAAGAAGGAGAGUGGACGACGAUUACAGGAGCAGGCGGCCAAGAUGCGUCUCGAAAAGCUCAUUAAGAAGGAGCAGGACCUGGAGUAUUACAAGGAUGUCCAACGGCGCAUCACGGACCAGACCAAGAAGGAGACUCGCCGCAUCCUCGACAGCGCUGACGUUAAGGAUGAAAACCAGCUGGAGAAGAUCGUCAAGGACCUGGAGAAGACCAUCAAGAAGGCACGAACCAAGGAUGUCGGCGGCGACCCGGAGGAAGAGCAGGAACAGCCUAACUUCGAUCUCGUCGAGGUCCCCGACGACCAGCUCGACGAGGCCCAGCUCAAGCAGAAACGCCAGCAGCGGCUCAUGAAGGCCAACCACGAGGCCCGCGCCCGCGCAAAGGCCGAGAAGGAGGCCGAAAAGGCCCGCCUCGCCGAGGAGGUGCGCCUCGACAACGAGCGCCGCGACAACGACCUCGAGGGCUGGCUCGACGAGAAGCGGCAGCGACGCGCCAAGACGCUCCAGAAGAUGAAGGAGCGCGACCGCCUCAAGCAGGACCUCGGCAACCGCAAGUCGCUCGCCUCGCAGAUCCGCAUGAAGAGCAUCGCCAACCUGGCCUCGGACACGCCGACCAAGAAGCGCCGGCGCGGCGGCGACGACGACGACUUUGGCGCCAACGACGACGACUGGGGCGUAUAUCGCCAGAUCGCCGUCGGCGACAACAGCGACGACGAACAGGAGGAGGAGGACCUCAUGUCCAGCCUCAAGACGCUCGAGCAGGACCUGCUCAAGUAUGAUCCGGACUUUGAGUACGAGAACACCCAUGAGGCCCAGUCCGACUGGUCCAAGUCGCUGCUCCACGCCUUCGCUCGCGGGCCGCGCCCCUUCGACCCGGCGUCGCAGGCCGAGCUGAACCAGAUCCACCUGAACAUCGAGCGCAUCCGCGCCCCGGAGGUGGUCUUCCGCCCGUCCAUCGCCGGCGUCGACCAGGCCGGCAUCGUCGAGAUCGCCGGCGACAUCCUCACGCAGCGCCUGGCCGGCAUGCCGACCCGCGACGACUUCCUGCGCGACGUCUUCCUCACCGGCGGCAACACCCUCUUCAGCAACUUCGACGACCGCGUCCGCGACGGCCUGCGCUCUCUGCUCCCCGCCGACUCGCCACUCGCUGUGCGCCGUGCCGAGGAUGCUCUGCUAGAUGCCUGGAAGGGCGCUGCCGGCUGGGCUGGAUCGGCUGGCUGGAAGACAUCCAAGAUUUCGAGGGAGGAGUACCAAGAAAAGGGACCGGAGUAUAUCAAGGAACAUGAUAUGGGCAAUUCGUACGCGUAG